AUGGCUGCAGAAGCCGGUGAUCUCGCCUCAGAGAUCAUAGAGCGAGAGCGAAAAACAUUGCUGGAAAUCCUCCACCAAGAUCCUGAGUCUGUCCUGGAUACUUUAACCUCCCGGAGGCUGAUUUCUGAGGAAGAGUAUGAAUCUCUGGAGAAGGUUACAGAUCCCUUGAAAAAAAGCCGUAAACUGCUAAUCUUGAUACAGAAAAAGGGCGAGGGGAGUUGUCUGCACCUUCUUAAGUGUUUAGUUACAACUUUUCCUGAGUCUGCAGCUGUUUGGGAUUUAAAUUUAAGACACGAAUUUUUAAAACGUGAGACGAUAGAACCUUCUCGAUCUUUGGAGGCAGACAAGAUUUCAGAAAAGAAUUUUCACUCUGUAAAGAAACAGCCUGAGAAUGUUGACAUUACAUCUUCCAAAGAGAAAGGGCAAUUGGACUUGGAGACCUCUGAGUCUUUAGUGGACAGAAGUAUUAGUGGUAGGGGAAGAACUUUGUCGUCAGGGGAGAAGGGAAGUGACUUGCCAGAAUGCACAUUCACGUAUUCAGGUGAAGAUGUGGAAUAUGGAGUUUCAUCAGCUAUUGCAUAUUUAAGGGAUGGACAGAGAUACAUGGAACCAGAUGAUUCUUUAUACUUGGGAGAAGAAGAAUAUCUAAGACUUGUUGGGUAUCUUGAACAUAGAGAAACAGGUAUGGAAGAGGAGGACUGUGGUGAACCAGAGCAUAUCAUAUAUGAUGGUGAAGACAGCCCUGAGUAUUCGGAAGCCACUGACUUCUCUGAUGAUGGGCAAAGUUGUGAGGAGUCAGACACUGGCAUGCCAUUGGAAGAGGAGGAGGAGGAAAGUAUGGAAGAGAGGAAAAAAGUGUUUCGAAAUGUCCUGUCAUGCUUGAACAUGGAUAGGAACAGAAAGCUUCUGCCAGACUCUGUUGAACAAUUCUCCGCAGACCGUGGCACAAUGUGGGUACCUGAGACUCCUGGAGACUUGGUAUGGGAUUUUCUGGUGAAAGUCCGAGCACAGGAUGUGACGGCCAGAGAUGCAAUUGUCAGGCGCAGAGUUCUGAGCGAGGACAGCAAAGGGGAACUGCUGACUGAAAUGGAGAAUUUGCAGCUUAGAGACAUCCAGACCAUUAAUCACCUUGAUGUCCUUUGCGCCACCAUGCUGUGUUCAGACAGUUCUUUGCGAUGUGAAGUCAUGUCCAACAUGUAUCAAUGCCAGUUUGCUCUUCCCCUGCUCCUGCCAGAUGCAGAGAACAACAGAAGCAUCUUAAUGCUGGGGUCUAUGAAGAACGUAGUGAAGAAACAGUCAGGCCCGCCCUCAGAAGGCCCUGCCAAGGCUGCAGAAACCUUGCUGACUCACAUCAAGAUGCCUGUCAUCUCCUUUGUUCGUUUUCAAUCUUGUGGCUUCUCCAAGUCCAGAAUCCUCAACACUCUGCUCCGCCCCUCCCUGGUGGAAUCCUGCCCCAUCUUUCUUCAUCAGGCUUCAUCUCCUUUGAUGCUCCCUCGGCAGAUCUCUGAUGGACUGGUUGAGAUCACGUGGUGUUUUCCCGACGGUGACAGUCUUACAGAAAAUGACCUUUUUGUCCAAAAGCCUGUUGCUGUGACCAACCUCCGCGGAGACCUGGAACGUUUUUGGACACAGUUUGGGUUUUUAAUGGAAGUUUCUUCAGCUGUGUUUUUUUUCGCUGACAACCUGGGUGAGCAGGAAUGGACCCUUUUAAGGUUUUUAGGAGAAGCUGCUCUUGAAAGAUGCUACUUUGUCCUCAGUUCGAAGGCAAGAGAGAGUGAAGAGGCUCAUGUUUUUCAGAGAAUCCUGCAAUUGAAGCCAUCACAGAUCGUGUUUUUAGAGGGAGAAGAGGCUGGGGAUAGAGAGAAGGGCAUAGCGUGUCUUCAAGCUGUUCUCCAGGAAGUACUGUGCUCUUCAUUUAGCUCUGUGUCCCUGGAGGACAUGGCAUACCUGGCUAGGGAGUUGGGGAUCCAAGUAGAUCAAGACUGUGAGGAGAGUCAAGGAAUUCAAGUUUCUGCUGGUGAAAAUGUGGCCAGAUUGGCUGAAAGCGAGGAUCAACAAAGACAGAAUCAACAAAACCCCCCAGAGAAGAUGUCUGCUGGAGAGCCUGGGGUAAUGUGUAGCAUUAGCCAGAAUCCUCAAAAUAUCUACCCCACCCCAGUAUCCAUUCCUCCUUCACAGGUCUCCUCGCCUUUGCAAGCCAGAAUGAGAGGUGGCUUUAACCAGGCUUUCUGGAAACCCGCCUGGCUCAUGGGCCCCCACUUUUGGUCAGAACAGAGGUGUAGGUGGUUCCGUCCUUUUGCCUUUCAUAAUACAAGAGCCUAUAGUCGAGGUAAACGUUUUGGUCCUUCAUACUUCCAACCUCCAAGAUUUCAUUCAAGUGAAAGAUUCAUGAACUUUCCAAGACCUGCUCAGGGAUGUGGCUGGAAUGGAACAAUUGGGAUGCAACCGAGACUUGUUUCUCCGCAAGCACGGGCCUGGCCUGGAACCCCUAAAACAGUGGGAGCUUUUGGAAAGCCUGGGACUGUGGUAUCCCGGAGUGGUCCUUUCCAUUCUCUAGGCUCACAGCAAGCAGGAGGACUUGGUAGGUCACAACCUGGGCUGGUUUGUGCUCAAGGACCUACCGCAACUGGACGACUUUUGAGAACACCAUCCCAUACGAGAGAUCCUCAUUGUCAAGGCUUUCACCCAAAAGCAGCUAUACAAAAGCUCAUAAAACCUGCCCCUCAGCUAGGAGCCCAGACGAAGACACAGAGUGGGUCUUCAAAUCCAGCUUUUCAAGCACAACAUCCUAUGACCAAGCUUUUAUCCAGCUCUCAGUUCAAAUCCAACCAGACUAAGCAUUCUCAGCCGAAAUUCUCUCAACCUGUGCUCUCUCAAGCCAAACCCACUCAACUAGAAGCCACUCAGCCCCAGCCCUCCCACUUUAAAGGCUCCCCAUCCACGUCUACUCAGCCCAAGCCUCAAUUUCAUAGUCACCAAUCCAAACCCACUCAGCCUCAGCCCUUCCACUCUAAAGGCCCCCAGUCCAAGCCAGCUCAGCCCAGUCCUUCUCAGUCUCAUGCCCACCAGCCCAAGCCCGCUCAUCCCAGUCCUUCUCAGCCUCAUACCCACCAGCCCAAGCCCACUCAUCCCAGUCCUUCUCAACCUCAUGCACACCAGCCUAAGCAUCCGCAGCCCAGUCCUUCUCAACCUCAUGCCCACCAGCCCAAGACUCAAUCUCAUGGUCACCAGUACAAACCCACUCAGCCUAAACCUUCCCAACCUUGUACCCACCAAGCUAAAUCCACUCAGCCCAAGUACUUCCAAGCUAAGUCCUCUCAGUCCAGACCAUCUCAACCAAAGUCAUCUCGGGCUAGUUCUUCACAGACCAGGGUAUCCUAUUCAAGGGCAGGUUCCAGAAGGUAG